AUGUCUGAAAUCGAUCUCUCGCUCCCGGAAACCGUGCCAGAGAUGGCGCGAUAUGCAGAUAGACGCAUGACCCUCGACUCCUUUGCAAUCUACAACCUCCUCUCCCCCAACCACGAACCCACCGAUCUAGUCUCCACCACAAACUUCCUCUGCCCCCGCUCUGACUACGUCUAUUUUCGCAAAACACCUGCCAUCACCUCUCUCAAAGCCCUCAUCGACUACCAUCUCAACACAACAGUCACCGACAACUUUGACCCAAACUAUUUCCUGGUGGUGACGGAUGUAGAGUGGGACAAGAAGGGUGUUUUGAUAGUCACCAUGUGCGAUGAAGAUGGAAAGCCAGAUGCUUUUGUCAUGAAGACGCAAGAUUCGGGGAUUUUGUUGGUGAAUUUGCAGAUAGGGAAUACAGAUUGGUAUGAAGCGAGAGAAAGCUAUGAGAUUGGUGAUGACGACGGGGAAGAGGAAGAUCAGUCAGGUAANACCCCACCACCCACACCCAUCAAAGAUUUGCUCCUGGAAUUGAUUGAUACUGAUUUGAAAGAAACAAAAGGCACAUUUCCCGACGGAGCCUCCAAGAAGAAGCCAGCAACUGGUUUUUACAUCGCCUUUUACGCCAUCCCUGGUGUUGAUCAGGAUCAACUCAUCCAAGCCGUCGAACCUUGUUACUCCGAGAAGAACCCCGAAGACCGAGUCUGCCGCUUCGAAAACUACCUACGCCCAGACAGAGAUCUGGUCUCUCAAGCCAUGGAUUCUUGGCACCCUCAAGCAUGCAUGUCCAACCCUUAUUUGUGCAAGAUGUACAUGUUUGUGGUGGAUAGUGUGGACUACAAGCAAGAUGGGUUGAUCCUGUGUGGCAUAAAGGAGAAAAAAACCAAGAGAGUGGUUUGCGGCGGGACUGACACGGUACCCGACUUUUGUGAUCUUGCUCAAGGCAGACGUGGAUGGGAUGAUGAACAGUGA